ACCAAACAAAAGAGAGAAAGAGUUGAAAUUUAAAAAAAGGAAAAGGGAAAAGGCCAGCAGCAGCGUAGCCUCGAAUGCUCUAAGGUCAGGUCUCUCUGCAAUUACCCAAAUCACUACGCAUCUUCUUCUCUACAACUCCACAUCCGAUUUCUCAAUUCUCGAUCUGGGUUUCCUUUCACACGAUCCAAACCUUGAUGGGUUUCAAGCCCUGUUUGUAUUACAUCAACAUUAGAGCAAAAUCAGAUUGAAUUCUCGGGUUUCAAGCUUUGUGGUUUGAGCCUGGGCUAUUGGGAACCUCUUUAUAGCUCAGAGGGUGUGGCUAAUUGUUCCGAGAAUUGCUCACUUGGGUUUGGCUGAGAGUUUUUUGGAUCAGUUGGAGUGAAUUGAGAGUUUGGAGGAUCUGUGGUUGUGUGGGAAAUAUAUAAUUUUAGUAGUAGACAAUGUUCUAUGGUGCAUUAGUAUGGGACCCUUGGCUCAUUGUUGUCCAAAUUGUGUGCCUUCAAUGUCUGUACUAUCUCACUCUUGGAUUGUUCUUGGCAAUUCUUGUUGGGACUCGCGUGUCCCGAAUGAGCCUUGUGUAUUUCUUUGAUUAUGCUACCGUCACCAUUUCCACUGUCACCGGGUGGUGCGUCAUUGCUUCCUUUGCGCUCAGUGCACUUGCAAGCGCUGGAUAUCUACUGCUUCUGAUUGAGAGGUCAAAAAAGUGCUUAGAUUUUUCAGUCACCCUGUACAUCGUCCAUCUCUUUAUCUGCAUUGGUUAUGGGGGUUGGCCUUCUUCAAUAACAUGGUGGGUUGUAAAUGGUACUGGAAUUGGAGUGAUGGCUUUGUUAGGUGAAUACCUCUGCAUGAGACGUGAACUGCAGGAGAUCAAGAUCACUACAACACGAUAUCGCUCAAAUGUUUGACCGAGUAGAAAUGCAGCAUGCAAGAAUAUUCUGGUGGGGUUAUAGAGGAUAUUUUUUGUUUCUUUGGAGGAGCUUCAGGAUAAAGCUCAUGAACACCACAUCCAAUAUUGGAUGAGAAGAAAUACUUUAAUCUGUGGAUUCUUUUGUCUAUGCUGGUGGCAAUUACAUAGAACUCCUGUAGAAGUUUGACACAGUGCUUCAAAUGAUGGGAGGUUUGAGCACAUGAGACUAGGUAUGAAGUGUUAUAGGAAAAUCAUAAUGUACAAUUUUAGGUGGAGCAAUGAAUAUUGUGCUUCUGAUUUCAUUC